UUCUUAACAAAUAAAAGCCCAAAUAUUUUAUAAUUUUAUACCUGAUUCCUGAGGCGAGGUGAGCAGUUGAGACUUGAGAGAGGCGGAGAGCAGAGAAUCAGACUGAACAGUGGAGACUGGAGACUUGAGAGAGGCGGAGAGCAGAGACUAGAGAGAAAGAAUUCAGGUGAUCAUUUCACUUUAAGCUUAAUGGAAGCCAAAUUUUUUCGCUUUCUUAAGAUUGUGGGUGUUGGGUACAAAGCAAGAGCUGAAGCUGAAGGACGUCUCUUACUUCUCAAAUUGGGAUACAGCCAUGAGGUUGAACUGACUGUUCCUCCAGCUGUGCGUGUGUUCUGCUUCAAAAAUAAUGUAAUUUGUUGCACCGGAAUUGACAAGCAUAGAGUGCACCAGUUUGCUGCUGCUGUUCGUAGUUGUAAGCCGCCUGAAGUGUACAAAGGCAAAGGCAUUAUGUACGUUGAUGAAGUUAUUAAGAAGAAGCAAGGAAAGAAAUCAAAAUGAUUGCAAAGAGGAUGAGUAGUAUUGGAGAAUGUUUUAUAUCAAGCCAUGUCUGGACAUACUAUUGCCUCAUCCUGCAAAGAUGGGUUUGGCACCUGACUUCAAAUCAAAGUAUUCAUGCAGCACAGCACAGUGCUUUCGAACUAGUUUAAAAGCUUUGUAAUAUUUGAUCCAAUUUUCUCUGAAUCAGCUAGGAGUUUUUGCUUAAUUUAAGGCCUUAUUAUUACUGUUUUCGCUGUAAUAAGAUACUAAAUAUCUCCAUGUAAUUUCGUGGGCAGAGUUUUCAAACUAA